AAGCUUCUCCGUCAUUUCCCGGAGCAAUUUUUCUUGCGUUUCCCAUUCCGGGCAUCCUCACUGCUCUGAUUUUGGAUUGCUAACCUGCGUCGCUGAUCGAUCCGUGGCGGAGCGAUCGAUUCCGUUGUUUCUGAUGCUGUCGCGCCGAUUUCUGACGUUUUUGCCGUGAAAACUCCAGUCGAAGGCUCCAAGCGAUGGAGAUCAUCAACGGGGCGGUCCUCCCGCGGUACGCCGCCGUGGCGGCGGGCACCCUGACCUCCGACGCGAGGGUCAGCGGCCAUCUCCAGCUGCUCCGGCGCGUGCGCCUGAGGGGAAGGGCCGGGGGGCUGCAGGCGGAGUGCGACAGCUUGCCGCGCAGGUUCUUCGGCCCCCCGUCCUCGCGGCGGCACGGGAGGAGCGACUGGGGCGGCUGGCGAGCUCGCUGCAGCUACGGCUCGUCCUCCGACGGCGACGGCGCCGCGGCCGCCAACUUCGACGCCAGCGGGGAGGAGUUCGUCGACUCCAGCGUCAUCGAGGCUGUUGAGCUCAGGAGCGUAUCAGAUGGUUUUGAGAUAAAAAUGCGUGACGGCAAAAACUUGAGAUGUGUUCAGAACAAUCCUCGCGUGCUAAGACUGCGGGACUCUGCGCCACACCAUGCUAUUGUGCUGAAGAUGGAAGAUGGAAGCGACCUUUUGCUCCCCAUUAUCGUCAUGGAAACACCAAGCAUUAUGUUGCUGGCCGCACUUCGGAACAUUCGGAUUCCAAGGCCAACUAUUUACAAUGUGGUAAUGGAGAUGACGAAAAGAAUGGGAUAUGAGGUACGUUUGGUGCGGAUUACGGAGAUGGUCCAUGAUGCGUAUUAUUCUCGACUAUAUCUUGCUAAGGUUGGGGAUGAAGAAGACACCAUUAGCUUUGACCUCAAGCCAUCAGAUGCUAUCAACAUUGCUUUCCGGUGCAAGUUAUUUGCAAACGAGGAAUAUGUAUUGAGGGAAAGGCCAGACUACCAUCUCUAGAGAAGGGACGCGCACACUGUUAACAUCCUUCUCCUUGUCAAAGCUCUGGAGACAAAUUAAGCAAGCAAGGUGAGAAAGAAGGAUAAUCAUUGGAUUGUAGUGCAUUAUAAUAUGGCUGUAAUGUCCAAUGUUACUGAAGCAAGGAAAAUCAAAUGACCUUGUCAUACCAUGAGACAAUGGUAUGAUUCCUAAGUUACCUAUCAUUCUUGGGCCUGUAUCCACACCCAGCUCACUACACGCAUCAAGCAAUGCAGUCAGUUUCUCCAGCGAAUCCAUCUGGAAGGAAUAAUUUGAGUAACUGAAAGAGCCUCAACAAUGAUACAUCAGUGCUGUAUUGAUUCAGUAAAAAAGCUAAAUGCUAUACUGAAAAGAAGGCUAUAAUGUUUUAGCUAAGAAUGCAAU